UACCCAGCUAAGUCAUAACCUUAAAUAUGAACACCUUUCUCAUUUUAUUUUUCACCCUCUUUACCUACUCCAUCGCAAGUCCAUACCAUGGACAAAUACGGGACCUCGUUCCCGCAGAUGACGAAGACGCUGACCUCUCUGUUAUGGAACUCCUCCAAAAAUAUGGCUAUCCGGCUGAAGAACACUUCGUUACCACCUCAGACGGCUACAUCUUAAGAAUGCACCGAAUCCCUCACGGCAAAAAUUCGGACACAGUUUCCGACAAAGUCGUUUUCUUGAUGCAUGGUCUUUUGUGUUCUUCGGCGGAUUGGGUCCUUACGGGAACCGAACAUGGCCUAGGGUACCUAAUGGCCGACGCCGGCUACGACGUCUGGAUGGGUAACGCACGCGGUAACCACGAAUCCAGAAACCACACGACCCUGAAUCCAGACACCGACGACGACUUCUGGCACUUCAGCUGGCACGAAAUCGGUGCUAUUGACGUAGCCACGAUGAUAGACUACGCUCUGGAAGUGACUGGUCAGAGCCAAGUCGUCCACAUUGGUCACUCUCAAGGUAGUACCAGCUACUACGUAAUGGCAGCCAUGCGUCCCGAAUACAAUGCCAAAAUCAAGGCACACUUCAGUCUGGCACCUAUUGCCUACAUGAACCAUAUGACCAGCCCUUUGAUGCACAUUCUGGCCUUUUGGUCUGGUUCUCUGGAUCUCCUUGCUGAGUUGAUCGGAAUGAACGAAUUUCUCCCAAGCAACGACUUCAUGGAAAUGAUCGGAGAUGACCUUUGUGCUGAUGAUGACCCCACUCAGGCUCUUUGUAGUAACGCACUUUUCGUCAUCUGUGGGUUCAGUCCGGAUGAGAUGAACGCCACGAUCCUGCCAGUGUUGAUGGGACAUACUCCAGCUGGAAUUUCUGUUAGACAGAUGAUGCAUUACGCUCAAGAGAUUAACUCAGGAGAGUUCCGUCAGUACGACUUCGGGUUGGAUAAUUUGAUAGAAUAUGGACAACUCACUCCGCCUAACUACGAGUUGGAAAAUAUUCAAGCACCUAUUUAUUUGUACUUCAGUCGGAAUGAUUGGUUGUCGGCUGAAGAAGACGUGCUGAAGUUUUGUACUGGUAUUGGUAGUGCUUGCAAAGAAAUGAUUUUGGUGGCUGAUGGGGAGUUCAACCAUUUGGACUACUUGUACGGGAUUAGGACACCGGAACUUGUGUAUAAGCCAAUGAUAGAGAUCAUUGCACACCUUGACUGAUCUUGGUUGAAGAUUUGAAGAUAUUUUGGUACUAUGUAACCUUGAAUUGACUUUAAUAAAGUAAUUUAAUAAAAUAGUAGUCGAUCAUGAA